UGAAAAAAAAAAAAAAAGUCCAACAUCUGAGGUGGGAUUUGCUGCUCAUUUCUUUAAUUGAGUAAAGUCAAGGAUGCAGUAAUUUCCGAUUGCAUUCUAGUUUUUCUAUUUGCCCAUAAUCAUGACAGUUACCCCAUUUGAUGGCGAGCUGGUAGACAGAGUUGCUCAAGUUUAGUGAAUGAUGCAAAAUAUUAUUUGCAUUGUCAUAAAUUACUCCUUCAUGGCUUCACGGAGCUCUCCCAGGGAAUUAGGUAUAAACCUUAUGACCAAAACCUCAGAGGAGUCACCACAAGACGUAAACCUGUCGUGAGCUUCAUGAAGCAUCAGAUGUUUCAUCUUAAGAAAGAAGCUCAGUAGAGUUAAGAAACAAGCUACACUCAGCUCUGACAAAUGAGCGCGACGUGGAGGAAAGUGGCACUUCUCUGUACCCGAGGCGUCUGUCACACACUGGGGGUUUUGGCUUAAAUACAACUAUCAAUCAACGGGCAAACCGGUGUUUACCGAUGACCACCGAUGACUGAAGCAAGUGGACGGAUCCAGUGGUUUUCAGCAGCUUCUCGGGUUUUCAGAGGAUCAGGGAUGAGGCAUCUGGCUGCUGCCUCACCGAGCGCUCAGCAGGGAGCUUUAGCUUUGUGGUAUUUGAUUUGAAAAGCAUUUAGUGAUAAACAAAUGCUAUAUUUCCCAGAACUGAAGAAUAAAAUCAAUCUUAAACAUUUAACUGAUUCUGCAAAAAAGGAGCUUGUUGCGUUUGAAGAAGUUGAGAAGUCUCGACUGUCCGAGUCUGUCACCUGAUCACAGCCUGAAUGAGGAUGAAUGGCACUCGUUCAAAAACAGGGACACUUUGUUUAAAGGGCUGCACACACAGAUACUUCCAUACCCAGGAAAACCGGAACUGGGCGGUAGGAAGGUUCCUGCGGUGGCCAGUAGUGACGACUAAAGCCAAACAGUUUUUCAUGGUUUUGUAUUUGUGAUGCUGAAAUAGCAGAGAUCAUCUGUGGUGGACUCCUCAGCUCACCUGCUGCUGGAGCUCGACUCCCCCGCUGCACUGUAUGUGCAGAGUUUACGGAGGGCCCGAGAUCUGUUAAGUAAGCAAGAAGCCAAAUGUAUUGAGCAACACAUCCAGCGGCCCGGAGUUCAGCCGCUGUGUUGAAACCUAAUUUCUCUGUGUGAGCACGACUGACUCAAUCUCAGCUUCCUACCCACACACACAUGCACACACUCAUACGUACACACGCACACACGUGCUUGCAUGCACGUGCGCAUGCCAAAGUCCUUUAUCUGACUGUCAGUUAGUGCAUGCGUGUCGUAGCUCUAAGCAGAAUUCGAGCUUCCCGUCAUUUCUGUCCUCGUUCUGUUAUUCGGCAGAUUGUGGAGUGUUUCUCUCUCUCUCUCUCUUUUUCCCUCCUCUCAUCCACUCGUCUCCAUGGCAACCGGCUGUCACAAAGACGUUGCUCGCACGACGCACCUGAGAGCAGGAAGAAGGAAGUGCGCGGUCCCGCCCACACCAAACUCUUCAAGGAAUUCAGACAGGAGGCGCCCAGACAGUGAGCAAGAGGCCAGAGAGAACCUGACGGACAACUCAGAGGAGGAGAGACCGCCGAGGAUGAUGAGAAAGUGACAGGCUGGAUCGGUGCUUUUGAAUGGUGGCGAGAGAACCUGCAGCGACACCGUGACGACGCGUCCCAACAUCCUACAGGCUUCACAUCUGAUUGGAUGGUUUCAUCAGAAUGACAGCCGAAGAUCCCGCUUCUUCCUCGACUAUGAGCAACAACGCUGCAUCCUCCAAGCCCUCCAAACCCGCCUCCCACCAUUCCCUCCAUGGACAGAUUAACAUCCCAGACGGCGUGGCCGGCGCCAGCAACGAGGCCGCGCUGGUGGCCCUGAUGGAGCGCACCGGCUACAGUAUGGUCCAGGAGAACGGUCAGCGUAAAUACGGCCCCCCACCCGGCUGGAGCGGUCAGUCUCCUCCCCGGGGCUGUGAGAUCUUCGUCGGCAAGAUCCCGCGGGACGUUUAUGAGGACGAGCUGGUCCCGAUCUUCGAGUCCGUCGGACGCAUCUACGAGAUGCGCCUGAUGAUGGACUUCGACGGGAAGAACCGAGGUUACGCGUUUGUGAUGUACACAGAGAAGCACGAGGCCAAGAGGGCCGUGCGGGACCUCAACAACUACGAAGUCCGGCCCGGCCGGCUGCUGGGGGUCUGCUCCUCCGUGGACAACUGCCGUCUCUUCAUCGGCGGCAUUCCCAAGACCAAGAAGCGCGAGGAGAUCCUGGACGAGGUCUCCAAGGUGACGGAGGGCGUGUUAGAUGUGAUAGUUUAUGCCAGCGCCGCCGACAAGAUGAAGAACCGCGGCUUCGCCUUCGUCGAGUAUGAGUCACACCGCGCGGCGGCCAUGGCUCGGAGGAAGCUGAUGCCCGGACGGAUUCAGCUGUGGGGCCACCAGAUCGCGGUGGACUGGGCCGAGCCGGAAAUCGAUGUAGAUGAGGACGUGAUGGAGACGGUGAAGAUCCUCUAUGUCAGAAAUCUGAUGAUGGAGACAAGUGAAGAAACAAUUAGACAGGUUUUCAGCCAGUGGAACCCCGGCUGUGUAGAACGCGUGAAGAAAAUUCGCGACUACGCGUUUGUCCACUUCACCUCCCGGGACGACGCCGUACUGGCGAUGGACCACCUCAACGGGACGGAGGUGGAAGGAUCGUGCAUCGAAGUGACACUCGCCAAGCCAGUAGAUAAAGAACAGUACUCUCGCCAGAAGGCUUCCAAGGGAGGGGUUUCCACCACCGCCGAGACCACACAGCAGAACUACAUUUACCAGUGUGAUCCCUACACGUUAGCUUACUACGGCUAUCCCUACAACACCCUCAUCGGACCCAACAGAGAUUACUUUGUGAAAGGAUUCCCAAUGAUACAGAACAAUGCAGGUACUGUGCGAGGCCGUGGUCGUGCUGCUGCAGGUAACCGUACCCCUGGGCCACGGGGGUCGUACCUCGGAGGUUACUCUGCCGGCCGCGGCAUCUACAGCCGCUACCACGAGGGCAAGACCAAGCAGCCCGAAAAGCCAUAUGAGCUGGUGCCCAGCCUGGAGCUUGCUGCCUCCGUCAACCCAGUUGGCAUCAAACCUGGCACAAUGGCCUUGCCGACGCUGGGCGGGCAGUACCCGGUGUUCAGUGCGCCCCCUGCAGCCAAGCUGAUGGAGGACGGGAAGGUGCACGCCGUGGAGCACCUGAUCAACCCCCUGACGAUCCAACACCCUGAACACACCACCGCUGCUACCGCCGCCGCCGCUGCCGCCGCCGCCGCAACCGCCACCGUCUUACCGGCGGUCUCAACCCCCCCGCCGUUCCAGGGACGUCCGAUCACUCCCGUCUAUGCAAUGGCCCACAACGUGCAGCGCAUCCCGGCCGCCGCCGGCCUGUACGGACACGGCUACGUCCCCAUCACAAACUACACCAACACAGCAGCCCUGGCCGCGCUACAGAAAAACGCCGCCGUGGCGGCGUACGGCGGCUACGCCGGCUACGCCGUGCCGCAGGCCUUCCCGACCGCGGCCUUCCCGCUGCCCAUUCACGACGUCUACCAGACGUACUGAAACGGCUCCGAACACACCCCGCUUGUGACUGAAUAACAUCUGUCCUAAAUGCAUAAAAACAAAACUAGACGAAAAAAAAAACCAAAACAAAACAAAACUCAUGAACCUGACGGUUUUAGGACGACCUGACGUCUCACAUUUGUCUCUGUCAGCCGUGGCCUAUCUCAGAAGAGAUGACACUAUAUUGUUUUUGUAAUGUAGGCUGCUUGUUGGUUGUUUUUGUUGUUGUUGUUUUUUUUCUCUUAAUAUCGUAGCAAACAGAAGACAGUCCGCCCCUCCAGCAAUAACAGUAACUCAAAAUAAGACACACUCAUCCGCUCGCUCCUGACGGGAAAUCUGAAGGUACGUUUGAGUAUUUAUGAAGAGAAUAGGCAUAUUUAAAAUGCUACAAGCCUACACAGACAUAGAAGUCUUUGAAGAGAAGUAAAUGUAGGAGAGGAACUACUGAUAACUGAGAAUACCACUGAAGACAGCUGUCUCUGCGGAUGCUAACUUUACUCUGUUGUUUUUUUGGUCAGUAUGUAGUAUUCUCUCCAACUCUACACUGUAGGCGAUGCUGUCCGUCCAAGCUGUUUGAAUGUUUAUUCUUUUGAAAAUGCCUGUUUGGUACUUUUUGGUUUCUUUAGGUUGUUUUUUUGUUGUUGUUGUUGUUGUUGUGUGUGUUCAGUUGUUUUAAAUGAAGGUUUUAGGUAUUCUUCUCGCUUUUUAUUUGCCUUUCGUUAGGUUGCUUGUUUUUUUCUUCCCCUUUUAACCUUUAAAAUGUGUUUCUCAGCCUUUAGCCAGUUGAAUAUUGCAAGUAUGACACAAUUCUUUGGGGAACAAGUUGAGAAAGAAAAAUUGAUUAAAAAAAAAAGAAAAAAAGAAAGAAGGGGCAAAACAGCCUGACACAUCUUGUGUAAGUAGAUGUUUCCCAUCUUAAUUUGUGCCAACAGGGGACAGAGACUGAAUAUAGUUUUUUUUUUCUUUCUUUCUUUUGUGCGUGUUUUUAUUGUCUUAGAAAUUGUUUUAACUCUUGUGAACAAAUAUGGAGAGAAAUGAGAGAUGGACUGGAGUGAUCUGUCUCAUAAACAGCACCUGCAUUUCUCACCGGUAACCAAAAAAAAGAAAAAAGAAAAGAAACACUGAAAGCUACAAACACUCCAGACUGAUGACUUUAGACUCUGUGCCUGACUACAGUGCCUUACAUCUUUGUACUGUGUGCACGAUGCUCUUGUUUUUACUGUGCCUUUCGUUUAAAAGAAGCUGAGCCUGGAGGGUCGGCCCAAAGAGGAAUAAGCGUGCAGUUUUCUCCACCCAUAGUUUCCCCAUUUACCAGCCGUGAGGCCUGGCCGUGCUGAGAAGAGACCAACAGGUUUCAGCCUCUGAAGCCAAACGUGUCGAGGCUACCUCUUUUCAAAAAGCUCCUGCAGUAACACUCCGUGUCUCUCUGGUUCUCGUCCACCGACUGCGGCUGACCGAGGUGCACUUAAGCGUAUUUAUAAAAGGCAAAAAGGUUGCCUCUUUCAGAUGAAGUGAUAAUAAAUGCUGGGCAUGUUUUCAUGUGUGAACUGGAUUCGUUUGGCUUUUUACAGUGUUUGUAUGUAUGACAUGUUUUGGGUUCUUUUUUCCACGUAAAGCAUGUGAAAACCUUUCUGGAUGCUCAGUGGAAGCAAAACUGCAGUUUUAGAGAACACAGAUUUUCAUUCUGAACUGGGAAUAACUGGAGCAACAUCUCACACUGAUAUAUGCAUCUGGCCAUUUAAUGUGUGCACUCCAACUGUCUCACAGUCUUAUUAUACUUUAUAGCAAGAAUUAUAUUUUUACAUGCCAAACUUUUGGAAAGACAGUUUCCAUUUUAAUUUCACUUCAUUUGAUUGUAUUUAUUCUCUAUUCACUACCGUCUUUUGGAUUUUUGAUACAUAUCACUGAAUCUGGCUGUUCUGUUUUGAGACACAACUCCUUAAUUCAUUAAGUACCCGUGUACAUGAGUGUUAUUCAGCACCAUAGCUUUCCACACAAAGGUCCAAAAAAAAGUUAGUCUAAGAUAACCACAGGUUUAAAAACAUUCUAAACUUCCUCUCCCUGCCUCAUGAAAUGAUCAUAUCCUCAAAUUCUAACAUUACUGAAAGUCUGAAGAAAAAAGGACAACUAUUUCCCUUUGUGAAGCCAGAAUUUACUUCAGAAAUUAUGGUUCAAGUGCACUUAAUUAAAUGGCCGGUAAGUAUAAAAUAUUGCUCUGAAUCCUGGAAUCAGAAACUUAUGUCUGUAUUCGUUUGAGUUUCAUCUCUCUUCUGUAACUGGAUUUAAUAUAGAAAACAAACUGCUGGUAACAACUUUUAUUAUCUUGUAUGAUGACAAUAAGUCAGGAUAUAUUUAAUAUAUGCAUUACGUGUAUUGUGUAUGAAGUGAGAAGAAAAGGUAUAAUAUAUUAUGAAAACAUAUUUCUUUUCCUUAUUUACACCUUGUUUAGGGAUAAGUGUGAGUGACAAAAGUAGAAAAAGUGUUUUUUUGGUUUUUAUUUGUUUUUUUGUUUUUUUUUUUUUGCCAAAGUGUCCAAUAGUUUUUAAACUUUCAAGGUUAUUGCUCUUUUUUUGUUAUGUGUAAUUUUGUUACGCUUGCUGUGUUGAACUAUAGCUGGUGUUAGAAGUGGGAACACCGAGGCCUUCGCUUUCAGCGACACUUUAUCAGUUUCAGCGGCGAAGGUUAGAACUGCUUCACUGAGGUGUUACGGCCCGCUGGCACUUUGAGCCGCCGGUGUUGCAACCCCGCUCGUCAGUGCCUGGCCGAACCGUUAAAGGUGUAAAAACGAUUCGGCUGCCGUCGAAAUGUCGCGGCUGAGAGAGACCUACGCGUGUUCUUCUACUUCUGGUUCCCCUUCACUUUGUAUUACCUGCAUUUCACCCACGCUGCAGCAGCAGCGCGGAGCUACAUAUUCCUGUUUAAUCUCGGUGUUUAAACUCUUCCUAGUGUGUGCCUUAUUGCCAAGAUGUGUCCUUUGCUAUACCUGUGUAGAACUAUGCAGACUGUUUUCUACCUGAAGGUUUGUUUAAAACAAAA